AUGUACCGCGAGCAGUAUCACGAAAACCGCUAUGAGAAGCACAUCAAGAUGUUCCCGCCUGGGGCUAGAACGGCCGCAAGAGCUGCCGCGGGUGCGGAGCCGGUGGCUCCGUACCCGCUGGAUGACGUGACGGAGGUUAUCGGCUCUGUACCGGCGUACAAACCGACGAGUGCAGGAUCUUCGAGACGGCAGGCUGGCAACGGCGUCCCAGAGGCGGUGAGCGGGAGAUACGAUCGUCCGUUCCAGAUUGAGUCCGAGAGAAGCAGCGAAGGGCAAGAACGGGUGCUCCCUCCGCCGUACGAGGAAUCUGAGACGCGAGCGCUGCAGGAGAAGGCGUAUAGAACAGAGACGGAUGUGAAGGAGUCGCCGCCGAGAGAGAGACGACGCGAUCUGUCGGAAUUCUCGCCGAGCGGGUUGAAGUUCUACGAGAUAUACAGCCAAACGGUGGCCGACUCGGCCAAGUUCACUCCCGAGGUGCAGAUGAAAUGGUGCGAGACGCUGCUUGAGUAUGCCUUUGACGACGAGUUUCUGAGCCACUACAACAUCAACGCCGAGAAGCUGAAGCGGGAGCUGAGACCCGAGGAACGACAGAAGAACCAGAAGGUGAUCCUGGAGCACUCUUUCAAAGUGCUCGCGAAGCUGAUCGGAUUGAAAUGGGGGCCCGCGCUGUACUUGAUGGGCACGCUGUACUCGCAUCAGCCGUACCUGCAGAUAAAAAACAAGCAUAUCGUGGCACGCAAUGACGAGAGAGCGUUGGAGUACUACGGCCGGGCCGCCGGCAGCGACCACGCAGACGCGUGCUACCGGGCGGGCGUAUGCUACGAGCUGCGAAGAGGCGUCCCGCCGUCGACGUCCCAGGACGAGAGCCUUGUCAUGGCGCUCAACUACUACCGGCGCGGCGCCGACCUGUGCGACAACUCAGCCUGCAUGUACAAGCUCGGCAUGUUCUACCUGUAUCGACCGCAGUUCCAGGACGCGCCGCAGGCGAUAGAGUGGUUCAAAAGGGCGUCCCGCCGGGGCGACUCGCCGCAGGCGCUCUACGAGCUGGGCAAGAUCUACGAGUUCUCCUCUCUCGCGCCCAACAUACAGCAACUGCUAACAGACAAUGGAGUGAAAAGACAGCCCUCGCGGGCGCUCAAAUGCUUUUACAAAUGCGCCAUCGACUGCGACUACCCGCUGGCCCAGUGGAAACUGGGCCACUGCUACGAGUUCGGCGAGCUGCACCUGCCCGUGGUCGCCAAGAAGUCGAUCGCGUGGUACGCCAAGGCCGCACUUGCAAAGCCCAAGGGCAACGCGAUGGCCAUGCUCGCCCUCAGCGGAUGGUAUCUCACCGGUGCCACGGGAGUGCUGCGACCAAACGACAACGAGGCCUUCCGAUGGGCUCGCGAGAGCUGCACCGCGUCCGACGGGAAACUUGCGCGCGCAGAAUACGCGCUCGCCUACUACUACGAAAACUCCAUCGGCUGCCCCAGAGACCUUGCAAAGGCCAAAUCUCACUACCAGAGAGCUGCCUCCAUCGGCCAUCCAAAAGCCAUCAACAGGCUCCAAGUUGGUUUCUGA